CUUCUUCCUUGCAUAAUCCUGCCCUUACCAGAACUGCUCUUGUAUUUCAGGAAGUCCCUCCUGCUAUUCUCUACCUAGCAUGUUUGUGCACAUUAUAUAUAUAUAACCAAACAGCCCAACUCUCUCAGAUCAUAGACUGCUUUCCCUUUCCUCCAAGACUCAUCAGAAAAUUGGUUCUUUGGCUCAGAGGGCCUCUCGGCUUCAGACCAUGGAGGGUGUCACGUUGAGAUGGGGAGCUGCAACAGUUGUACUGCAAGGACUGCUGGCAUUGAUCUUUCUUCUUUCAGGAAUUUCUGCCUUGAAGUGCCAUGGUUCCACAACCAUGAAUCUUACCACUCCGCACAAGGGAAACUCCUCAUCUCGUAUCACCCCAGAAAGCGGUAUUACCAACUGCUCCAGUACUGAGAAUGUUUGCACAGAUGUCCAACUUAUAUUAACUAUAGAUAAAGACGUUUUGAUAAUAAGCUACAAAGGCUGCGCCAGCAAGGACCUUAUGGAUGAAACAAAAUCAAUCAACUCUGGUGAUCGACACUUUGCCAUCCAGUUCGACCAGAGCUACUGUUUUGGUGACCUUUGCAAUGAGAAAACGAGGGAAGUUCCCAAGACCCCUAUCAAGGACAAAGUAACUGGGUCCAACCAGUGUUACACAGGCUUUGAGUGGAGCGCCACUAGAUACAUCCAGGAGACUACGAAAUGUGGCAAAGACUACGACCGGUGUUACGAAGGCAGCAUGAACGUUACUAUUUCAGAUAGAAAUGGAUUCAGCUCUUUUCCCAUGAACAUCAGGACCUGCCAGCGCUCAGCUUGCGAUGUUAUAAAGAGCCAAUCCUUCGGCCCUAUAAAUAUCACCAGCGAGUCGGGGCCUUGCUGCUCCGGCAGCAAUUGCAAUUGGGAGAAGAAUGACUUUGCAUUCACGAUAGUCAAUCAUGGUGUGAGGACCAACCCAUACCUGUCUUAUGAUCAUUAUGGGUCAGGUUUCCAAGGGCUCAGCCUUCAACUUUGCCCUUUCCUGGUAGUCCUGGGAACCACGAUCCUCUGGAUAUAAGGGUGAGGAAGGGGGUCUGGGAGCACCUGAACUGCUGGAACCUGCAUUUGGGUUUGGAAGGGCUGUGUUGUGGGGAAGGAAGGGAGGAAGGGAGUUAGAAUCAUAGAAUCAUAGAGUUGGAAGAGACCACAAGGGCCCUCCAGUCCAACCCCCUGCCAAGCAGGAAACGUGACCUGUCCCAACCAAUUGCAUGUAUGGCUCAUAUGUAGAAAAUAAAAAUUUAUUUUGGAUAA